AUGUUUGCUACUGAGCAAAUUGUAAUGUGCUUAGAUGAACUCGCCAAAAAUACAACGGAUCCCCAUAUUCAGCUGGACGAGGUGGAGAUUCAGAAAGGCUUUUUGCAGCUAGCCCGGUCGUUAGACUUCCUUCAUUGUUCGAAACAAGUUCACACGAAUUUAAAUGGUAAAUCAGUACUAAUCAAUGCGAAAGGUGACUGGAAGCUGGGGGGAUGUGGAUUUCUAACGAACUUAAAUGAGGGGGAGUCCCGACAAAUCGAUGUCACCGACGCUCUGGAAGAUGACCUUCCUGAUUACAUGAAACGAAACCUAGAUUAUCUUGACCCUUUGUGUGUCUUUGAUGGCCUUGUUGGAACAACAAAUGACAUGUUCGCACUGGGUGUUUUACUCUUUAUGACUUUACAUCAUGGUGUCACACCGUAUCAAACACAUGGAAGUAUGAACGCAUUACGUGCAUAUGCUGAUCAUCUACCCUCAAAAAUUCGGACUACCCAAUUCAGCUCCCUAGGUUCGGAUGUACAAGAUAUACUUGUCAACCUCAUUUCAAGAAAUACUUCUAGGUACACUGCCAGUGAAUUUCAGAAGUUACCUUACUUUAACAAUGAAAUUGUUUCAACACUAAAAUUCUUGGAGAGAGACAGUUUUUCUGGUUUUAUGCGCUCAGAAAAGAUCCAGUUUCUUAGAGGUUUACCUAAAGUUUUGCCCCAAUUUUCCAGAACCUUGCUUCGUCGAAAAUUAUUACCUAGCGUAUGUAUCACAAGACUAACGUUGGAGCUUUUCGAGGCGUCGUCAGAUAAAUCACUACUUCCCUAUAUCCUUCCCACUGUAUUUUACAUCGUAAAGGAGUUUUCGCAAGUGGAAUUUUGCAAAAAUGUACUGCCAAAACUCAGACCGCUUUUUGAUGUGCACGAUCCACCUCAAUGCCAAAUGAUACUAUUAAACCAAACAGAUUUGUUUGUGAGUAAAACAACGCCUGAUCAAUUUCAAUUGUAUGUGAUGCCUUUAUUUUAUUCCGCGAUUGAACAGGAUGAGAUUGCAGUGCAGGAAAAUUUGCUACAACGUAUUCCACGAAUUACCGAAUACUUAAAUUACUCGGAUGUUAAGAAGCUCAUGCCAAAACUUAUCGCGCUAUUCACCAAGACCAAAACACUCUCGGUAAAAGUGAGCGCUUUGAUAUGCUUCCAUGCGAUAAUACCUAUCCUUGAUACAAAUACCUUGACUGAGACAUUACUCCCAACGUUGGCUCGUAUCAAGACUCGCGAAGCAUCAGUAUUGGUUGCUUCUUUGGCAGUAUAUGAAGCUUUAGCGACAAAAUUGGAUCAUAACAUGAAUGCAACGGCUGUUCUUCCACGCUUAUGGAUCAUGUGUAUGAGUCCUACAUUGAACGAGACUCAAUUUAGUCGCUUCAUGCAAGUUAUUAAGAUGAUAGGCGAGUCUGUGGAACAAACCCGUAUGUAUUCUAUGCACUGA